GUACGGACAAGGAGCGAGGUGGGACAAGGGUCUGGGGGCCCUGGAGACGCCCUAUUAACCUACUAGAGGAGACAGUAUCAUCAGAUGCAUCUCGAUGGUACAUUAAGUAAUAAGAACUUAUAUUUUAUUUUGAUUUCACUCGAAUGACGAGAAACAAACAGGAAAAAAUGAAGGUGCUCGCAAAUAAGUCGGAGAACAACAAAAGCGCGCGCCAUGGUGCCAAGACCGUGGUGAAAAAAGUAAUAAAGGAUGGGACCGGGUGCUGCCAAACAAAAUUCUCUUUUCGUACAACGCUUUCAAACAGAAAGAGGAAAAUUACCAGCACCAGUACCACGUCGACGACAAGUACAACAAGUACAAGCAGCACCACGUCGACUAGUACCUAUACGACCAGCACUACUUCUCCUUCUCCAAGAACACCCUCUAACACGACCACUCAACAUCUCCCAAAUAGAUUUGUCCUUCGUCCAGCUUUGAUGGAGGAUUUUGAGGGUAUCAAGAGAUUGGAGCGCAGAGUGUUUAAGCAUCCUUGCGCCGACUGGGAGAUUAAGUAUUACCUGAACCUUACACCACGUCAAGCAGAGAAUUGGGUGAUUGAGGACACUUCUGGUACAACUUCUGGUUCUGAAUCCUUAUCAACCGUUUCGUCCUCAACAUCCUCAUCUUCUGGAGUGGUUGCUUUUCUGUUUGCAGAGCGCAAGGUUACACGAGUGACAAAGCACGGAAGAGCGGCUACUUUUGGACAUUCUAGAAUGAUGCCAAAAGCAACUUCCAAGAGUCUCAGAAUGCUGCCAAGCCUUUUGCGCCAACUCGGUAUUGCCUGUGUCCAUAAACGUGGGAUCAAGGGAGCUUCUACAAAAGUGGCGCGUAAGGAAAAGGAUUCUUCUGCUAAAAUAAAUGGAAAAAUUGUAAUUGCCUCGAACAAAUGCAAGGCUUCUCAAGCUCAACAUGACGAAGAAGACCGCGGCCUAAGCCACAUCUAUUGGAGCGUACAGGAUUUUGCGGUAGCUCCGGAAUAUCAAGGUGGCCAAUGUGGCUUUUCUCUUGGCAAGAUUCUGCUUCAGCAUUUGCUAAGACGCGUCAGAAUUCGUCCUUUAGUGUCUCCAGAAACAGAGAAUCAACACUUCGACUUUGCCGACUUGGGUACAACAACCCGCAGGAGCGGGACUGGAGACAAGAAGGGACCACGUCGUGAGGUACGCCUUGAGACCUGUGAGAAGUGGACUCAUGUCCGACGCUUUUAUGAGACCUUUGGCUUCAAGGAGUCUGGCAAAUGGAAUGCCUACUACGGAAAAGCAGCGGCUAUAAGAUAUAAAUUGUGGCUUUGAAGAACAAGCUGGUGCCGGAGACGGUCAUCACCAUCAGACGCAUGAUUUUCUACAAUCGCAAAGGGGGCGGCGGCGGGGAUGAGAAGAUUGAGAAUCUUUUUUCCAGAUGGAUGGAUGCUGCGGCAUUCAAGUAACCAUCGACUAUCAGAAAUUUGAACAACUACAUGACAUUUACAACUUCUACGCUUAGAAGUACGGAAACAAAUCAGUUCCGUUUCAUCUAAUCACGCUAUUGAAAUUCACACACAAUAAUGAUUGAAUACAAUUUAAUGAUUUUCGAUUUUCUAUCCUCCAACUGCCUAGCACCGCGACAGCGACUGCACGACUUACGAUCUAUCCCCCUCAACGUUAUUCCUUUAUUUUCGCGCAAACGACAUUGAAUUACCUUGACCACGCCGUAUUUGUACUCGCUUAUUCGAAAUCGAUCCAUCCAGCACCAAAAGGAUAAAAGAUGUAUUGCAUUGGCUCGCCGCUCGCACAUUAUGAUCUAUGAUGAAAAGAACGUCAUGCUUGUUGAACAGAUCUUUUUAUUCUCUCGCCCUCGUGAAUUCUGAUACAACAGCAC